GUGGGAGCCACAAUAAUAACAGUGUGAGCAGCAGAGGAAUGUGACGCUUUGACAUUUCAAUGCAGCUGUAAGGCUUUUUUUUUGCUUUUGUGCAAGGCACCUGAAGCAAUCGAUUGUGCCACUCGAAGAGUUCACAUCUGCUGCAGCUUCUCAGAAGAGCUGCACGUUUAUAUAUCGAUGCGCGGGUGAUAGACUAGCGUGUUUCAAGUGUGUCGUACUCGUCUUUUUUGUUGUUUUUUUGUUUCAUGUCACUGGUCUCAGGCCCCGUGUGCAACCAUGGAGAGCUUGUACAAGCGCAAAAUGUUCGCCUCGAUGCGCAAAACCAAGACGGAGCUGUCCAAGAAGCGACAAAUCGGUCUGCCCGCCUCCAUCCUAGACGACAGUGACGAGGGCUCCUUCUCCUCUUCGUCGUCGUCCGCUUCCCAGUCCGACUUCCAUAGCUCCCCGGAGGACAGCGACCAGGAGGAAUGGCAAAGGAGUGAUUCCGGAGCCACAUCCAGCGACGACAGCCGCUCAGUGACGCGAAGAAAGCGCUCUUUUCUGGGAGGCGACGAAACCUCCUCGUCCUCGAGCACGGCGAAGGAGCGAGAUGAUGACGACGAAGAUGAUGAUGACGACGAUGACGAUGAUGGGGGGAAGAAGGAGGUUAUGACUCAGCCGAAGAGGAUGGUGCAGCCCAGGAAAAGGUGCAGGGUUCAGCGGCAGGAUGAUUCGGACUCGGACCGUGCGGAUGAGAAGCGGAGGGAGGAGGAGGAGAAGGCGAGGAGGAGACAGAGACACAACAAACUGCUUGCGCUGUCCCGCAGGAUGAAGGCCCGGGUUCCCAGCCGAAGGAGGAACCGCGUAAUACAGGCUGAGGAAGAAUCAAAAGAAGUGGAAGAUGGAGCUAAUGGAGAUGAAGUUGGAGGAAAUAAUGGCAAGACUGAGGCUUCAGGUGGAGAUGGAGGAAAGAAAGAAGAGGAGGAGGGAGAGGAGAAUGAGGAAGAGGUAGUGAAGGAAUAGAUUCAGCCAUGUAGUAAAGGUUACGAGAUGUGGAUUUUUGAAUGUGGAAAUAUUGCAGUCAUAUUUCAAGUUGAAAUGGAACCGUCCGGCGUUUUGUCUUCUUCUGCAGCACCUGUAAAAAGCCACACGCAAACGAGAGUUUUUCAUGAGAAAUGAUCUCUUUGCUGUUAAAACUGGCAUUGAUGAUAAGCAUCAUUAAGGCGCACAAGAGUUCUGGAAGAAUCUGAACACACCUGACACUGCUCAUCCUGCAGUAGCAGUGGAUCCUGAAGUGGGACUGCAAGAGCAUGAAUUUGUUGUUUCCUCUUACAUCAGGACUACUGCACCCUUAAAGUGAAGACUGACAAGUCUCUUUGUUUUUUUUUUUUCCCACUGGUUUGUCCUUAAGCUUAACUUGUUAACAAAUGUGCUGUUCUUCAAAUAACUGCUAUAUUAACCUCUUUUAAACCACAUCGGCUUCAUUGAAAUUAAACCCUGCACUUAUAAGGCUUUACAAAUGCAUAGUUGAUCACCAUAAGGUUUGCUGAGUUUUAAGUGUCUCGUAGUUAUAACUUUUUUUUUUUUAUUUGAGGGGUGAAGAUUGGCUACAAAUUAAAUUCCUGUAAAUCAGCUUUCAGACUAAGGAAUGGGCUGUAUGUAGCCUUUGCUGCCUCUGAGGUGUUGCAGUACAUCUACCUGAUGAAAGAGUACUGAAGUAUUGAAUUGUAUUAAACACAAAUGAGUCAUUAGUGUAAAUGAAAAGACCGCUUUUUUUAUUGGCUGGAAACUAAGAUAAUAGGCCAUGUCCAUGAUUAUGACUCUGAGCUUCUCUUUUGUGCGUGUGCGUGCGUGUGGGUGGGUGUGUGUGUGAACCAGUGAACCUUCAGUAUUAAGAGAAAUUGAAUACACUUAUUUGACAGUGUUUUUCUUUCAUUGGUUGAAUUUGCUAAAAAAUAAAUAAAAGAGUAGCCCUGCAAUGUACACAAGUUUUUCCACAGGCUUAUUAUUCAUAAUUUUACAUUUGACCCUGUUUAUUUUUUCCAGAAUCAUAAAGCGGCAUCCUCUUUUGAUUUGUUUGGAAAAGUUUGAACCUUUUUUUGUUUUGAUUUGAACAUUUAUUUUUGAGUUAAAUGACAACGAAAAGUUUGGACUAUUUACAGAGUUGUACUUCACGAGCGCAAUUAUUGAAUUGUCUCUUCAACAAUUUUAAAAUAAACUCUCAGUCCCAUGUGCACUUUUUAGAACCCAAAUGAGUAACAAACACAUCCAUGAUUGGGGGGGUGGGGGGGCACUCAAUGUGAUUGCUUUCUUACAAGUCCAGUUAAAUGUCAGCUUCAGAUUUUUUGUUUUGUUUAUGCAACAAAAAUGUUACUGGGAAAUUUCAUUUGGUUUCAAUUUAUUUUGGAUUGUUGCCCCUUUUCUUUGCUGCUGUGGUUGCUGAUGAUGUAUGUAUUUGUGUGAUGACGGCUCAAGGCAAAGAACUAAUACGUUCUGAUAAAAAUGUGCUGUUCUUAAUGACAUUUUAAUGUCAUCUUACUUUGGUCUAUUUUACAUGCAGUGCAAAUGUAUUUACAUUUUGACUUAUCUGCACAAUGUCAAAAUUACAGUACAUAUUAGUUUGCAAUAAACUGGACUAAAUGUUUUCAUUUAUCAGCAUCAACAUAUUUCAGUCUGAAAAUUUUGAGGCCUUCAAUGUUUUAUUAAGUUUGUCACAUAUACUGUCAGUGCUGUGUAUAUGUUUUCACAGUGUGUUUCUGGUGGCUUUUGUUCUGUAUAAAACUUUGAAAAACAGCCUGCUUUCUAAAAUCACCUUUAUGAUUAAUAAAAAUUUCUGGUUCAUGACCCAAACGUUUGUUGUACUUACUUUAUUGUAUUGUGUGAGUAUGGUAUCAGUUAAGUAAGCAUUUGAAAAAUAAUUUUAUUGGUAUAAAAGAAAUCUGUAUAUACUUUCAUGUCGAGUCAAAUGAGUUAUCUUUCUUGACAUAAAAAGUGCAUUUUAAUGAAUACACUUCAAAGAGAAACUUCGUAGUACUUUACAUUUUCAUAAUACAUAGUUAUGCAUGGCGAAAACUCAGUCCCUCGCCCU